AUGGUUCAUGCUAUAAACCAAUUCAGAUUAAAACGGGAUCUUUCCCAUGUCCCCAUCACAGCUCUCGCUUUAUAUCGCGCCCCAUCCGGAAAACUCUUCGUCUUAGCCGGCGAGGACUCUGACCUCGCUGUCUACGAGGCGAAACAUGGGCAGCACAAGGGCCGCCUCGUCUCUCGGACAAGCGUAUUUACGGAUCAGCCCAUUCAUGGGAUUCAUGUGCGGCAUGGGCGGGUUCUCGCAUGGGGGUUUUGCCAUAUAGCUAUCCUACCUGUUGACGCUCUCACUGAGAAGCAUGAUCCGGCGCUUGUGAUAUCCAGGGCGACGGCUCCUGAUUGGAUAUUUCAUGGAGCUUUUUCAGACACGGAUCCUUCUGUCGCCGUUCUAGCUACGGCUCACAAUGAAGUUAUCCCCUUGAAAUACUCUCCCGUUGCCGGAGAGAUUAUCCUCAGCGCCCCCAUUGCGCCUUCAAGACCAAUGCUCUACUCUGCUCAUCUUACUUGGAUAUCAAAUGAUACCAUUCUAGUAGCCGGUGGGACUGUCUUUGGGCAUGUCGUUGUGUGGAAAUGCCGGCUGGAAGAAGGCGGUAAUGGGAUAACUGAAACGUUAUUCAACUUUGAAGGCCAUGAGGGCUCCAUCUUCGGCGUGGACAUUUGUACAAUCACACUUUCAGACGGCAGCACGGUACGGAUACUUGCCAGCUGUAGUGACGAUAGAACGAUCCGGGUUUGGGAUAUUACGGAGCGAGGAGAGAAUAGUGUCCAUUCUCGUGCGUCUCAGACCACCAAGGUGAUCAACACUGGCUUCGGCGGUAACGACAUCAAUGACGGCGAUGGUACCCAAGACUCUAGCAAAGGGAGUGCUCCUGUUGCCGCUGCCAUGGGCCACGCAUCGCGCAUAUGGGGAGUUAAAUUUGGCACAUCGUGCGGAGAGAAUGCUUUGUCUAUUUACUCCUUUGGGGAAGAUGCAACAGCGCAGAGAUGGCGUCUCCAGAUUAGCCACGCCGCGUCGACUGGAGAGGCUGAUCUCAGCGCAAGUCCCCUGACAGGAAAGCUGUCUCAUGGUAAAACAUUCUCCCUGCAUACUGGGAAGCACCUGUGGUCAAGAGCCACGCUGCUUGAAGACAAGGCUGUGCUCGUUGCCACCGGCGGCGCCGAUAGCCAAAUCUGUCUCAUCGAAGAGUCCACCUUACUCGACGAACGACGGGGUAGUCUUGACGGAUCGUUGACUCUGGACACUAAAGACAUUCUCAAAGGUCUCAUCGACCCAUCAGCGUCAGCUAUACCGUCAAAGGAGAUUAUUAGUCGCUACGAUUUUCUCUCUCAUGACCAUAUCCUCGUCACCACCAGCUUCGGAAGGCUUAUUUUAGGCCACUUCAAGGAUGCUCAGAUUGAACCAGAAUGGGAGCAGGUCGAAGUUGCUGAAGAGCUACGAGGGGACAUGAAACUAUGCUAUGUUGUAAAAAGCAUUGCGACUACAGCAGCUCUAUUGGGCACAUCAAGUGGGAACAUUUAUCAUUUUGAUAUUUCCUCACGGAGAACCAAACUAGUUGACUCCAUGCCAGGCAAGAUCAUCGAAAUGAACUGUCUGUCAAACAAAAGCAGGGAUGAGUCGGACAAUCCUCUGGCUGAGGUGCUGGUCUUCCUUCAUGGAAGGGCAGAAUCUCACUACCUUGCAAUCGAUGUCUCUACGGGGGAUCUACGCAGUCAAGGGCUGGCCAAAGGGCUCGAUCCUAGGUUCGUCCCUACAGCGGCUGGGAAAAUGAAUGACUUGCUCUUCAUCGGCUCUCGGCACGGUUUUCUGUCCAUCCUUGAGCGGAAAGAGGAUGGAUCGUACUACCCAAUCCUAGACAUCUCGACUCGAAGCCGUGAUGCCAUUACGGUCAUUCUCCCACUCCCUCCGAAAUCAGGCUCACAACAGGCCUCUCGCUAUAUCCUCGUCGCAAGCCGCGAUGGAAAGUACAGGAUAUACGAAUUAGACCAGCACCAAGGGUCUACUCUUCUUCAUCUGCGACACGAAACCUCACCACCGUUCGGACCCCUGAUUGCUGGUGCGUGGUUUACCCAAGACAAGGUGCCUGAGCUUGUAUUAUACGGCUUUAGAAGCAAGGAUUUUGUCAUUUGGAAUGAGACACGCCGUGAAGAAUUGGCCACUAUCGAGUGUGGUGGAGCUCAUCGCACGUUCCAGCUAACAUACAACGAGUCAAUACCUGGUCGGUAUCGUUUCGCUUAUACUAAGACUUCCAAGCUCUCCAUCUCUUCAUCAAACCGCAUGGCGCACGAAUGGGUAAAGGCUGGGAUUCACGGAAGGGAGAUUCGAUCACUCAGUUCCAAUGGUCGUUUGAUUGCCACGGGUGCUGAGGAUACGACUAUUCGGAUAUGGGAGUAUCAGCCUGUAAGAGAAAGUGCAGAAGCAGAGCUGCGGUGCGUGGCAUCCAUGAAGACGCACAUCACGGGCCUCCAAAAGCUUGUUUGGCUGGGAGAUGACUACCUGUUCAGCAGCGCUGGCAAUGAAGAGUUCUUUGUAUGGAAGGUGCAGAACCUGGAGUCCGAUUACAAGGGCCUGGCCGUAGUCUGCGAGGGCGUCUUCACCGACAAGAGCGCGGAUGCCGAUCUCCGUAUCAUGGAUUUUGACGUCUGUCGAUCUGAUGAUGGAUGCGGCAUCGUGGUGACAAUGGGGUUCUCGAACUCGGUGUUAAAGACGUAUCGCUACACAAGCGACGGUGGCCGAUUCGAACUCCUUGCCAAGGGAACUUACACAGGAGCAUGUCUCACUCAAACGCGCCAUCUCAGCAUGCGCGAUCAGCUGCCACUACUCCUCACAGCAUCCACAGAUGGCCAUCUUGCCCUAUGGCGGAGCGAGCCAGACGAAGGGACGCAGCGCAAAUAUGUUCUAACCCAGGUGGUGCCGUUGCACCAAAACAGCAUCAAAAGCCUAGACAUGAUGGAAUCAGGAGAAGGGUAUCAAGUCUUUACUGGAGGCGACGACAACAGCGUAGGAGUAACAUUGCUCGGUCGGACCUCGGGCAGCACAGACGAUGCAAGCUGGACCUUCUCAAAGCGAAGCAUCGUUCGCAACGCUCACGCGGCAGCUAUUGCAGGCGUGCUACUAGUUCGUCGACGCACAGGAGUCGUGGGAAUCAGUGUCAGCAACGAUCAGCGCGUGAAGCUGUGGAGAAUCCCCAGCAGCGGAGAUUGGAAUGUUGAGCUCAUCAGGGGAGAGUGUAUCGGCGUGGCAGAUGCUGGAGAUAUCGCAGCCGUUGGCGGGUUGGAAAACGACGGCCCGGCGACUGUAGUAUUCGCGGGUGUAGGGCUUGAGGCUUGGAGCCUGGAGUGA